GAAUUAUAUUUAAUUCAAAAAACAACGGUUACGCAUGAGUUCUACUGACCAACGUAUUCAAUUCCUCAUCAGUAAAUACGGGUUUUUCCGGUUCAAGAGGUUCCUUAUCUUCUGACUCGGGAGUUUCUAUAACACAACAAAUUAUAAUUUCAAGGAUUUCUAUUUAAAGAUGAAACAACAAACAUUCGUGGGACCAAUAAUUCAUUCGAAUAAAAAUGAAGAUUUAAUUAUACUUGAUGAAGCUGCUGUAAUAAUUCAAGAUGGAAUUAUUAGCAGCGUUCUUCCAAAUCCAAAACUUGAAGAUUUAACAAUUGAACCAAUUAUACGUUUGAAACCAGGACAAUUUUUAAUUCCCGGUUUCGUUGAUUGUCAUUUUCAUGCCGUUCAGUUGCCAAAUCUUGGUCUUGGCUAUGAUUCACCUCUGUUAGAUUGGCUCGAAAAAUAUACAUUUCCAUUGGAAAGAAAAUUUGUCAAUAAUGAAUUUGCUGAUGAAGUAUUGGACGCAGUUGUGAAACGAACUCUUACUAUGGGAACAACAACAGUUUGUUAUUUUGCUUCACUUUAUAAAGAGGCUUCUUUAAUUCUUGCACAAAAAGCUGUAAAAUAUGGUCAACGUGCUUUUAUUGGAAAAUUAAAUAUGAAUGUCCCUCGUAAUGAUGGCUAUUGCGAAACAACAAAAGAUUCUAUUGCCGAUACAAUUAAAUUUAUUUCUGAUGUUGAAAAAUUAAAAAAUCCGCUCGUGAAACCAAUAUUAACUCCUAGAUUUGCAUUGAGCUGUGAUAUGGAUCUCAUGAAAAAAUUAGGGAAAUUAGCAAACGAUAUGAAUCUUCCUAUACAGACACAUAUUUCUGAAAACAUGGAUGAAGUAAAAGCAGUCAACGAAGUUUUUAAUGAAUAUUUAUCGUAUGCAAAAGUUUACGAUGCUGCGGGUCUUCUUACAAAGAAGACUAUUUUAGCACAUGGAAUUUAUUUAACAGAUAGUGAGCUUAAUAUUAUAAAAGAAAGGGAAUCUUCUGUUAUUCAUUGUCCUUCUUCAAAUGCUUGUUUAAAAAGUGGCAUUUGCGAUGUUCGAAAAUUAAAAGCAAAGGGCAUUAAAAUUGGACUUGGAACAGAUGUUGGAGGAGGACAAAGUCCAUCGAUAUUAGACUCGAUGAGAGCUGCGCUUACAGCAACAAAUAAUCUCUCAUUUAUAAAAUUAAAUUAUAAUUCUUUGGAUUAUAAAGAUGUGUUUUAUUUAGCAACACUUGGCGGUGCAACAUGUCUUUCAUUAGAUGAAAAAAUUGGAAAUUUUGAAGCUGGAAAACAAUUCGAUGCUUUGGUAAUUGAUUUAAAUAGUCCAGAUAGUCCUUUGGAUAAUUUAAUUAAUUGUACACUUGUUGAGAAACUACAACGAUUUAUUUAUUCGGGUGAUGAUCGAAAUAUAGUACAAGUUUAUAUUUGCGGUCGUAAAGUAAAAUAAAAAUCAGCAAAUACCUGAAUAUUUCCGAGUCAAUCCAUUAUAUUUCGACUGAAGUCGUCGCUGACUAAUUUUUAAAAAUUAUAAUACUUUGCAGGAAUGAUUUUGAAGUUAUCAAGAUCACGAAAUGAAAAGAAUUUUAUUAAAAUUUUAAUUAUUUAUUGCAAAAUAUAAAUUUAAAGUUUAUGAGGUGCUGAAAACUGUCAAUUUUUUAGCCAUUGGAAAAUAUGCAAAAAAAAACAGAAUUUACCAUAAAAAUAAAAAAAAAUUGUUGUAAUUUACUAAGAAUGAAUAAAUUUAUCAUUAUCAAUUGAUACAAUUAUUUAAA